ACCGCUUCCGUCAGUUAGGCUAACAGCGCGUCAUGACUGUAAGCUGAACGAAAGUUUGCGUUGGCGGCUCAAUCGACCAUGGCUCUCAAUUUGCUUCUUAUAGUUCUCUGCGAUGGACAUCCUUUAAGAUGAGCGUGUGAGCGGGAUGCGGUGAAUUAUGCCAUGAGAAUGGACCGAGGCACUUUUUAAGGUGGCCACAGAGAUGGAGAGUCCUUCGAAAACGGAGAGGCGACAGGCGUGGGCGCUCAGCAGCAGCAGCAGCCGCCGCAAGUUUACCUUAAGAGAUGCAGAACACCGCAGCCCAACAGCAGAACUGCAGCCUCAUUUCUCUCUCCAAGAUGAUGUCUUUGUGGAUGGAUGCUCUGCAGGAAAGAUUGAAACCUGGCUUCAAGGUUGUGGGAAUGAAGCCAGUCCUGCCAAAAGCAGUCACCUAAAAGCAGGCCCUUUGAGGACAGGCACCAGUUUUGAGGAUGAUCUGAGUCUGGGUGCAGAAGCCAAUGCAUUAUAUGCUGCAUCAGGUGGACCACAUUUUAGCACUCCUCAACAGAAGCUUAACCUGCCAUUGUUCAACAUGGGCCAGAGUGUCGCAUCCAGUGCCUUCUCAACCGCUACCAGCAGGACUGCUUCCAGUGUGUCUGAGGUCCUACAGAUGCGUGCCGAAGAUGCAGAAGAGACUCUUUUCCAGCUGGGUUUCGGUUGCGAGGAACCACAAGUGACCGCCCGCAUCCCAGUCCGUUUCUUCAACUUUCCGUCCCAGCUCAGAGGCAUCAAUUUCCGCCUGUUCCUUGAAUCCCAACUCACCAGGAUACACCAAGAAGACCCUUGUCUUUCAUUAGCAAGUCGUUUCCGACAAGUAGAGGCAUUGACGGCAAUGGCAAAUGCUUUCUAUUCGCUGUACUCCCACGUGUCCCGAACGCCACUUCAGAAGCUUGCGCCACCCCAGUUAACCUUCAGCUCCCCAAUCGUGGAGAGGACCAUGUCUCGAACCAGUGUCCGCAGUGAACCGCGCUCUCCUGUUGAAAGACUAAAAGACACUAUCUCCAAGAUGUGCUUGUACACAGGAUCCCGAGGCUCGGACUCCACGUCACCAAGCAAUUCACCUCGUAAGCGUAAAUAUAGUCUGUCAGGUGUAAUUGAGAAGAGUGCAGAAAAUGACGAUGCUAAUGACCAAGAUUUAUGCCUUCAAAUGGAAGUAGAUGAUUUGGAACAAGACUUGGACUGGUUUGUAGAGAGCAAGAAAGAACUUGAGGAGAAGACAUAUGAGGAAAACACUGAAAGGACUGAUUAUUUUGAGCCUAUACAUUGUCAUCCACUAUCCGAGACGACAAAUGAAAACAUACACAACCUCAGGCAGACAUUAGCAGAGUGUACACCUUGCCAGGAGCCAAGAACAGACAUGGAGUCCAAAGGUGGUUCCCUGCCGUCUCUUCAUUUGAAAAGAUCCGGCGUUACCAUGAAACCUGUUCCUAUCAUUACUCAUGAUAUCAUAUGUCCUCAGGUUGUUGAAUGUGUCAAUCAGGCACCUUACCGCUGCUUACAGACAAAUAGUAUGGACUCCAAAGCACAUCAGACAACAAAUAAACCUUUUGUAAGACAAUCUAACGCAAUGAAUUUACACAAGUCGUUAUGUCAGAUCACAGUCACUGGAUGGGAGGACGACACAACCCUCCCCAACAGAGACACACAGGAGCAGUGUUCGUCCAACAUCAAGAGGUACCUAAGCCCGGUAAAACCACAAAACCUGAGUAAACAAGGCAACUCCUUUGAACUGGAAGAGGUUCACAGUGCAGAGGAAGAGGAGGCCACUUCAUCAGAAUUCUGCUCCAUAGUCACAUUGUCUGUUUCGGCACAGCAUUCCAAAUCGUCGCCUCUGCGAGGGGACAGUUUUCAGUCUGACAGCAGUGGAUAUGCUGAAGAGGAUGUGCACCAUUCCCUCUUCACCCCAGAGAAAACAUAACACCAAUGAAGAGGCACAAAGUGUGUCUACUAAUACCUUUUAAGUCAACAUGAAAUAGUGUUUGCAAGUGGUUUUAUCCAUCAGGAGUUUAUUGGAUUGACUUUUUCAUCGGAAUAUCCAUGCACAAUACGAUCAGUGGCCAGUUGCAUAAACUGAAUCUAUUUUUCCUUUAAAGGGAUAGUACACCCAAAAUUGUGCUUCUGUCAUUAAUUACUCAUCCACGUCGUUCCAUCAUCUGCACACAAAAUAUCUUCUUUUGUGUUCAGCAGAAGAAAGAAAUUCAUAAAGGUUUGGAACAACUUGAGGGUUAGUAAAUAAUGACAGAAUUUUCUUUUUUGAGUGAACUGUUUCUUUAAGCUUCUGAAAUAAUAAUAAUUAGAUUGGUCUCAUUUGAAUCUGAAAAGUAAGAUUGCUAACUGCUUGUAUCAUAAUAGUUUUUUAAGACAUGCAACUGGCCUCUAGAGCAUGCAUUAAUGUUGCUUUCAUGUUGACUUUAAUGUGUUACCCAGCAGCCUACUGUGAUGCAUAUUAACUUGUUUUUUAACUAGCUUUAUUUGUGUUUGGCUUUUCACUCUGUGCACUUUUUGGUCUUAUUCUUGACAUGAGUGAGCGGCAGUACACGUUGCCUUUAUUUGUAAUUACUCAAUAGUAAUAAAUAAUUUAUUUGAACAGGA